AAAUAUAUCAAUGGAUGGAUUAAUGAAGAUCUGAGGCGGCCCUUUCAUUUUAUUAUCUCCUUUCGAGGCUGCCUGCUUCACUGAUCAGCCUUGGGCGUUAGGCUAUGCUAUGUUGCAGUGGAGGCUGAAGCAAUUGUGGAGCCUUUUUGCCUCGGUUGGCUCAUUAAGCGAGGCGUCCUUCCUCUGGGUCUGUCCCGAUGACAUGCAUGCAAGCAUGUGCUCGACCUUGGCCACUCAUUGUUGUCACUUGAUACUAUUGACUCUCACUUGGUCGAACGAAAUCUGCCACAGUGGUUCUUCUUCUUCAACAUCAGUACUUUGAUGUCAUUAUUGUAAUCGUACGAAGGGUUGUUGCGGAGUGAGGCAGCACGGCCCUUAUU